UUGAAGUGCAACGGUGAUGUUCUUGAACAAACACUGUUAGUCCCCGUCCCGGGAAAAAUCUACCAAAGCAAGCUGGGCGCCAGAAAGAAACAGUAGAGCAAGCCUUUUUGUAAUCCUAUUUGCUUUAUUGAUAUUGAGGAUUACUGUACAGUAUUGUAACUGAUUACAAAAACGAGGCUGCGACGGUAAAACUAAAGAGGGUUUUCAGACACCGGGGAAAUGUCGUUGUGGUCGAGCGGCAUGAACGAGGAAGGUGAGGGGGGACUGUGCGUGGACACAGACUCUGAUGAAGGGGAGCAGAGGGAUAGCGGUAAGGUCAAGGUGAAGUGGACUCCCGAGGAGGAUGAAAAUCUCAAGAUUCUGGUGCACAAUUUUGGACAUAAAGAUUGGAAGACCAUUGCCAGCUUUUUACCAGGCAGGACAGACUACCAGUGCAUGCACCGCUACAGGAAGUACCUAGACCCCGACCUGGUGAAGGGAGCAUGGACCAAAGAGGAGGACGAUAAGGUGAUUAAGCUGGUGGCUAUCUACGGCACCAAGCACUGGGCCAUGGUGGCCCGCCACCUGAAGGGGCGCCAGGGGAAGCAGUGCCGCGAGCGCUGGCACAAUCACCUGGACCCGGAUGUGAAGAAGACCUGCUGGACCGCCGAAGAGGACCUGAUCAUCUACAAAGCCCACAGCGUGCUGGGGAACCGCUGGGCCGAGAUCUCCAAGCUGCUGCCUGGCAGAACGGACAAUGCCGUGAAGAACCACUGGAAUUCGACCAUAAGACGCAAGGCUGAGAUGGGAUACUUCAGCCUGGAUGAGCAUGGACACCCUCUAGCCGUCCUGGAGCAGGGAGAGGUGGACUUCCAUUGUGAUGUUGUGUUAGACACUGAGGCUGAGUCUGCAGAACUGAUUCAGGGCUCAGCCAGCUAUGAGGUCCCCAGGCGCCAGUUGAUCAAGGGGAAGAAUAGGUCCAGGCCCAGACCCAAGCCCAGGCUCAAGGCCGUAUCCCUCCCACCCAUAACCCUUUCGUCCAGGAUGGACGCCGGCAGCACCUUCUCCACCUCUUCCACCAACUCUGGGCGCCAGAAGAACAUCACUGGGCCAGUGCUGAGGAUGAUAGCAGAGGACAUGCUGCCUCUCAGCUUGGUGGAAGGUUCUGGAUUCAGACACUUCAUGUCAGUGGUGGGCCCCCAGUACCAGAAGCUGUCCCAGCGGGGCGUGGGGCUGCGUCUGUACGACGAGGUGGAGAAGCAGAUCAAGCCCCAGCUGAUCCGCGACCUCAAGUCCUGCCUGACGUCGAGCGGCGGCCACGCCGUGGUGCACGCCACCCUGGACCUCUGGACCACCAGCUACGCCGAGCCCAUAGUUGCCGUGCAGCUGCACUUCCUCGACAACGACUGGCAGGUCCGCCGGCCCAUCGUGGCGUUCCGCCACGUGGCCCAGAAGAACCCCACGGCGGGCGUGGCGAGGGAGCUGGAGGGCGUGCUGCUCAGCUACGGCCUGUUCCCCCACAACGUUGGCUACAUCCUGACCAGCCAGGCCAAGGCCGCCAUCACCGCCUACGAGCUCUUCUGCGACUACAAGGUCAUGCUGCCCUUGCAGCGCGGCGACCCGGAGGAGGAGGAGAUGCUGGCCUUCCUGGGGGACCAGCCCCCUGUCAGUGCGGCCGCCUCGGCGGCCGACGACCCCUUCUCUGAGGUGGUGUACGGCACGCGGGCCAGCUGUGUGGUGCACACCCUGCACCAGGUCAUCAAGGAGGCUCUGAAGAACUCCAGGGUGGUGGAGAACCUCCUGUCUCAGGUUCACAGCGUGGUGGCCUUCUUCAGGAGCAGUGUGUACUGGAGCGAGGUGCUGCUGAAGGAGUGCGGCCUGGCGCUGGCCCCGCCCUCUCAGGGAUGCAAGUGGAACUCCACCCUGAUGGCAGUGAACCGCAUGGUGGGAGAGGCAGCCUGGACCUCGGUCAUGUCAGUGCUGGCCCAGGCCCGCAUCGAGGCCAAGGACUCGGCCAGCUCCCCGCCCAUGGUGAGGGCCAAGCGGGAGCAGGUGGUGGACAUCCUGGGCCUGCUGGAGCCCUUUGAGGAGGCCAUGCAGGUCCUGCAGGACGACGGGAUCACCUUCUCCCUCAUCAUCCCCUCCCUGGUCGGCCUGGACCUAACCCUGGAGGGCCUCGCCACCAACUACGGCCCCUUCUGCAAGGCCUUGCGCUUGGGCCUGCACGCCCGCUUCCAGCCUUUGCUCCUCCAGAGGGACCUGAUCCUGGCCACAAUCCUCGACCCACGCAUCAAGCUGCAGCCCUUCAACGACGCCAAGCAGGAGGAGAGCGCCACCACCCUAACGGCUCCCUCCAAGUUCCAGGCGCGGACGCUGGUGGAGGCCACUAUAGGGGAAGACGAGGCAGGGGAGGAGGGGAAGGCGGGGAAGGCCCUGGGGGAGGAGCUGGAUGUGGUCAGUGUGAUGGUGAAGCAGGAGGAGGAGGAGGAGGGCAGGUCGGGGGAGGAUGGCGAGACCUCGGCCGGCUCCCACAACGGCAAGAGGAAAUCCAUAUUCCACUUCCUCCAGCCGCCGGCGAAGACGGCCAAACACGGCGAGCUCGACGUCUACCUAUCGGAGCCGGUGCUGUCCGGCGAGGACUCCCCCCAGGCGUUCUGGGGCGGGGCGUCCCGCUUCCCCCACCUGAGGAGCGUGGCCAGGAAGCUGCUCGCCGUGCCGGCCACCUCAGGGGGCUUCGACCGCCUCUACCCCAUGGCCACCUGCAUGGUGAAGGCCAGGAGGAGCCGGCUGCCCCCCCACACCACCGAGAGACUACUCCUGUACAGAGAGGCUGUCAAAAGACCCAACAGCAGCACCUAGUCUGUGUCUGGUAAACUGGUCUUCAUCACUGGGGGACAUCUGAAAGUAGGACAUAUUACAUGAUAUAUCAACCCAGCCAGGGGCGCAAGCCACAAUCCCUCUUAUUCAGGGCUGGGUGUCAAGCUGCUCUGGGCCGGUUGACAGACAGGGAGGGAUGGACUAGCUAGCUUGACGUUCGGCUGGAAACCUGGCAGCGCCUGACCACCGACCUGACGAAUGGAAUCACCAAAUGUGUCACCCAAUGCAAACGAUACCUCUGAAAUGAAUCAUGUUUCAUUUUUGUUAUAUAUUCACAAAGUUGCUUUCGGUACUCAAUGAAUUGAGCUGUGAGAAAGUGGUCUUUCUUACUCUGUUAGGAGGACCUAUAUCUUAUUCUGUUGUUUUCUCAUAGAGGUUUAUCAGAUCAUUCCUGAACUGUUCACAAACCACAUUAUGAAUUUCAAUUUAGUUACUCAUAUGAGAGA